CAAUAAAAAAGCGCCUCCUGGAGCGCACGAUCCACCAUCGUACCACCACGCAGGUCUUUUAUAUUUGCUCUCUUGUCCUUCAAGUGACAUUACGCCCGUGACUACUCAGCUAACCACUCGUAUACCGGGACAGUUAACAAUUCUUACUUAUCGACAGUAAAAAAAAACAAUCAUGAGCAAAAUUGGAAUCAACGGAUUUGGACGUAUUGGACGUCUCGUCCUGAGAGCUUCCCUCGAGCGUGGAGGACAGGUCGUUGCUAUCAAUGACCCCUUCAUCGGUCUUGAUUACAUGGUCUACUUGUUCACCUAUGACUCCACUCACGGUAGAUUCAAGGGCGAGGUCAAGGCUGAGGGUGGUUGUUUAGUCGUCAAUGGAAACAAGAUUCAAGUGUUCUCCGAAAGGGACCCCAAAGCCAUCCCAUGGGGCAAGGCUGGCGCUGAAUACGUCGUGGAAUCCACCGGUGUUUUCACCACCAUUGCCCAAGCCUCUGCUCAUUUGGAGGGUGGAGCCAAGAAAGUCAUCAUCUCAGCUCCGUCAGCAGACGCACCAAUGUUCGUCUGUGGUGUUAACCUUGACACCUACGAUCCAAGCCACAAAGUCGUCUCCAAUGCUUCUUGCACGACCAACUGUCUCGCCCCAUUGGCUAAGGUUAUUCACGAUAACUUCGAGAUCGUUGAGGGUCUCAUGACAACAGUACACGCAACUACUGCCACCCAGAAGACAGUUGAUGGACCAUCUGGAAAGCUGUGGCGCGAUGGACGUGGUGCAGCCCAAAACAUCAUUCCCGCAUCAACAGGUGCUGCCAAGGCAGUUGGCAAAGUUAUUCCAUCAUUGAAUGGAAAACUGACUGGAAUGGCAUUCCGUGUACCAGUUGCCAAUGUCUCUGUUGUUGAUCUUACCUGCCGUCUUGGUAAACCAGCUUCAUACGAUGCCAUCAAAGCCAAAGUCAAGGAAGCAGCUGAGGGACCACUCAAGGGCAUUCUCGGUUAUACCGAGGAUGAUCUUGUCUCAUCUGAUUUCAUCGGUGACAAUCAUUCCAGCAUCUUCGACGCUAAAGCUGGAAUUCCACUGUCCGAUUCGUUCGUCAAGCUCAUCUCAUGGUAUGACAAUGAAUUCGGCUACUCCAGCCGUGUCAUUGAUCUCAUCAAGUUCAUGCAGACCAAGGAUCAGUAAGAAAUAAGAGACAUUCUUCAAAAUGUUACAGAACAAUGUUGAGAUGAUUCCUUAUCAAUAAACGUUAUAUCAUUUUGACUAGUGUAGUGUUGUCAGUGAAGAAACGAACAAAUAAUAAAAUUAAUGUAUUAUUUUGCCGAUAAAUCCUAUUCGAGGACUCGUUGUCUCACCGAAAUGGAGCCUUGAAAACUCAUAAAAACCGAUGAAGUAAUUGAUAAUUUAAGAAUCUAGGGUGUCAACACCAGAGCAUGAGGCUCAAGUGAGCUCUAGGGAUUGUUUUUCAUUUUUCCUUCGUUUCGAUCCUUGAAAUAGAUGUGGAGGGUCUCGACUUAUUAAAAUAGACAUAUUGACAACACUUGUAACUAGGUUCGUUGGUAAUAAUGAAAUGGUAAUAAUGUUACACCACUCUUUUUCAUUUAUUUUAAUCAUCAUCAUUUGAGUACUGACAUUAAUAAAUAAUGUUAUACCCCA